UUUGAGACUAUGUAGUUUGUGCUGCUGUUAUAUUUUAUGGUGUCAUAGUAAGAGGUGUUUAUGGUGAUAUUUUGUCCACAGUACACCAUCAUCAUAUCAAUGAAGAGUAUGAGAAACACCUCUCAGUAUAAUGCAGGACAGUUCAACAGCACCACAAACUACUGCCUUAAAAUGUCCUGUCUGGCAGUCAAACCCAUGCUGGAUUUUACGAAGCGUAUAAUACAAAGACACACUGUGAAUGUGUCUUCUUCAUAAAGUUGUCUAGUUUGGGAGUUUUCAUCUUGCCUUGAAAGAGGGUGAUCAUGUGACUAGCAAGAAAGGAAACUGGUGUUUUGGCUUAUCAGACGUCAUCCUGCGUGUUAGAAAAAGGCAGAUGUUUGGGUGGAAAGCGGUUUGGAGAGGGGGAAGAGAAAGAAGAAGGGAGGGAUUUGUUGGUCACAUGUAUUUUAUAUUUCUUUAUCAUGAGGGGUGUCAAAGAUUUUCAGUGUGUCUGGAUGGGGUAGGAGGACCUGCUUCACUCAAACUGAGCUUAUUGGACAUAAAUAGAGAAAGUGAAAUAGCUAAACUAGGGUAAAUGGCAUGAUAGCGCAGGCAAAACCACUCAGCUCAGUCAGAUGUCACUGUAGGCAGUGUUCAGGACUUAGGAUUUAAUUAAAGACUAGACUUGAUGAUCUUACUGGUGUGAGAGGCCCUGUGGUAGCUAAUUUACAGAGGAACCGGAGAUAACUGGAGAUGAGGGACGCGAUGUGGAUUUAUGCCAUCUUCAUCCUCUUGUGGUCUGAAGCAUGGAGCCAGGAUGCAGAAAAGAAUCAAAACACCUCUGCAAACUCCAACACUACUACCCCUUUCAAAUAUACCGUUGACAGACGUACAACUUUCAACCUGGGGAGUGAUGCUGACCUCACAUGCAGUGAUAAGACAUUGAAUGAGACAAUAUAUGUUAUCUGGAAGAUAGACUUGAAAUACAAAGACUGUAAGAUAUCUUUUAGCAAUGAUGGCCGAAGUAUAGAUUCCUGUAAUGAUGGGAAGUCCCUGCAAAACACAUCCAGUGAUAAAUCAUACCUGCACAUCCCAAACUUCUCAAAUGACGACGUGGGGAUCUACAAGUGUGAGAUAGCUUACAGGGGAGGAGGUGAAACUUACAAGAUUGAUGUGUCUAUCACAGUUCCUCCCACUAUAUCAGCCUGGUUAGAGCGUAAGGACAACAUGGUGGUGGCAGUGUGCAAAGCUGAAAGAGGAAAACCUGCAGCCAGCAUCACCUGGAGUCAUAUGGAAAACUUGACGGCUGGGGAGCAUGUGAUUGACUCAAAUGGAUUUUUUACAGUCGAAAGUCGUCAGGAGUUACCUGAGGGAAUGAAUCCAGAAAACCUGAGCUGUGUUAUCAGGCAUCCAUACUGGAGAGAGGAAAAGAUUUUGGUACCAGAACACGGAAAAGGUGCAGAAUGGAUAGCACAACAGAAAGGGUUUAAUCUCUGGGCAGGUUAUGGUCUUUGGCUGCCCAUCCUUAUUGUUGUGGUAAUCUUUGUGCUUCUGAUAGGACUUUUAUGUUAUUUUGCACAAAAGAAACUAAUGUUGAGGCAAUGCCAGCAGUCCAACACCUCACCAUCCAAAUCACCACCGGUGGAGGAUGUGGAGGAAGUGGAGCCCUAUGCCAGCUAUGUUCAACGUGUAAACUCUAUCUAUAACUCAUCUGCAGAUUUGUUCACAUAAAAUCUUGCACAUGCAUCAGUGAGAAACUGAGGGCUGCGAAAGUGAGAAAUGAUGAAAUAGUAAAGAGAGAGAGCUGAAAGUCUUCCGAGAAGAGAGGGAAGCCUCUUAGUUUAAUUCUACUCAAAACUCUUCACUGAUGGAACAGGGGACGUACCUAAUGUCACUCACUGGCUCCUAUGCACCCUACUUGCAACCCACUGCUCUCUGUGUGUGGGUCUCAUGGAGAACAUUAAUAAUAACUACAAAUGAACAGCUGAAUUGUAAAGAAUACCCUCUUCAGACGGAUGCUGCACACAAAGACCACAGAACUAAAGACUUUUGAUGUUUAUGUGAAAUACAUGGGCGGCAAUUAUAUAAUGAUAAUGAUUAUUAUUAUAGCAUGUAUUUAUAGAUAAACUUUAAAGAGAUGCUCACAUUUGAAUGGAUUAUUGCUGUAGUCAAGCCAGUAAGAGUGCCAAGUAAAGAACACAAGUGUAAUUCAGUUAUGAAAUUGCCUCAAGAUAAUAUGGACAAUAUUCUUAUAUCUUAAUGUAUAAUUAUGUAAUUGUGUUUAUUAAAAAUACAUCUGAACUCACUGAUCUCUUUAUAGCUCUACUAAAAAAAAAAAAACUAAACUAAAAAGAGCACUACAAUAGUGCACAUGAAUUUAAUUUUCCACUGACAGUGAGUCAGGAGUAUGUGUGUGUGUGUGUCAGUGUGUCCUUUGUAGGAGCAGAAAGGUACAUCCAAAUAAAUGGUGAGUUUUGGAAUUUGUUUCAGUACUCUCAGACUGAGUGUCGACCUAUUUCUAAAGAAACCCAUAAUGGGGAUAGGAAAUAGAAACCGGAAAGACUGUUCUGCCAUCUACUGGUGAAGAUUAGAACAAAUUAAUCAUCAUAAUCAUUUUAGUCUUUUAUUCCA